AUGGCCUUCGGCCCUCUCCUCCUCUUCUUCCUGUCUCUGGUUGGCUGCUGCUCUGCAAAGGACAAAUCGGACAAAGCCCCUCCACCUCCUAGAGGAUGUGGUUCUGGCGUGGACCCGACUUACAGGGUUCUGUGUGACCUCGAGUCGGUAUGGGGGGUGGUUCUGGAAGCAGUGGCGAGCGGGGGCGUUAUAGCGGCCCUGGUCCUGGCUCUGAUCCUCCUCGUUCGGCUGAAAACCGUCACGGAGCCUUCGCGGAGGAGCGGGGUGGGCCCUCUGCUCCUCCUGCUGGCGGGGACGGUGGGUCUCUUCGGCCUGUCGUUGGUCUUCAUGGUGGGGCGUAGCGAGAUCCUGUGCAUGGUUCGGCGUUGCCUCUGGGGGCUGCUGUUCGGGCUUUGUUUCUCCUGCCUCCUGGUCCAAGGGUUGCGUCUGAGGAGGCUGGCGCGCGGGAAAAGCAGCCCGGCGGGGAGCUCCUUGUCCGGGCUCGCCCUGGGCCUCACCCUGGUUCAAGGCAUCGUCUCCGCGGAGUGGCUGCUGCUUACGGUGGCCCGAGAGGGUCACGCGGCCUGUGACUACCAGCCCGUGGACUUUGCGUUAGCGUGUAGCUACGUGUUGGGGCUGCUACUAACGGCGGCCGGACUUGCGCUGGCCGUGGCUUUGUGUGGGGGUGGGACAGGGGCGGAGCCUAGAUGGAGGUGUAACGGUGUUUGGCUCUUCCUCACCUGUCUGGCGUCUCUGUUGCUCUGGGUGAUCUGGCUGGUGUUGUAUCUCUACGGUAGCCUGACCGUCACGACGGGACCGCGGUGGGACGAGCCGGCGUUGGCCAUCACCUUGGUAACGGAAGGUUGGGCUCUUCUGCUGUUCCACGCUAUCCCAGAAACCCACCUCUGUCUGAGGACGCCCGCCCGCCAGUCGAGCGUCACCAUGGCAAUGACGAGGGUCCCCGAUUACUACGACACUUCCCAUCAGCCCCCACCACCCAUGCACAUGGGAGAACAAGGGUAUGACAGUGAACUUCCGUCCAGUCCUGGAGCAGCAUUUCCAGAGAACCACGCCUACUCAAUAGAGGGGCACAAUACAGCUGUGAGGACUAGUGGGUACACUAAUGGACAGGGUGGAGUGAGAACCGGUCUACCCUUCCGCAGUCACGUCUAUCAGCCCACUGAGAUGGCUCUGCUAAUGAACGGGGGAACGAUCCCAACUGCUCCUCCAAACUUCACAGGAAGGCAAUUAUGGUGA